AUGGCGCCACUGGAUGGUGGCGAAGGCAAAUCACAAGCAAUAGACUUGGUCAUACCAGAACACGAUGACAAGGCGUUGCAUCAGCUCCUGGAUGCACUUGGAUCAGCCACUGUUCCCGCGACCUUGCCUCAAGGCUGGGAUAAAGCGUCUGCGCUGAAGCGGCUUUCUGAUCAUCUUGUGUUGAUCGACACAGAAAUCAACAGAAAGCUGAAAGGCUUAGAUGACUUGAACUCUCACCUCACCAAUUUGCAGGCUCAAGAGAGGUCCGACAGCGUGCAAGCUACUGGUGCAAAGCCAAUCGGGUUUGACAAGGCCACGGAGGCUGUACCGCCAGAGCUCUCCAUUAGAGGUGGCCCUGAAGCUGCGGUGUACCAAAGUCGGGUGCAAAGCCAGCACUCCCUUGGGCCGCGGCAGCUCUCCCCGGCCCCGGUGAUCACGCCCUGGCAUGGACAUAUCAGCACGACCAAUGUCCAGCCGCAGGGCAUGCAGCCACAGCGGCUUCAACGACUAGCGUCAGCUCCAGCUGGGUGGCGUGCAGUGCAGGCCGUGCAGCGGCCUGGUUUCACUUUGCUGGGAAGCGGUCCACCACGGUACGCACUGAGUUCAGCGGAUGUCCGGGCAGGCUCAGCAGCGCGGAUGCCAAGUCCAGGCACGGUGCUGCAUCCUCACCCAGUGCACUGUGGUGUUGUUGGCCCCGGUGUUGUCGCACCUGCACCAGGGAGCCCAAUGGUCGCUCCUCUGCGCACGAGCUCGCCGGUGCCAGCCGUCAGGACUCGAUGCGCAAGCCCCCUGGCAGGCGCAGCUGGUCCGUGUCCUGGUUUUGCAAGGACACCCAGGGGCGAUGUGCAGCCAUCCCAGCAGCCUUGGACUGCUCGAGGGGUUCCUCCGCAGGUGGGCUCCCGCUUCAUCCUUGUGUCUCCUCAAGAGGCAGUGCACCCUGCACGCUGCAUGACGCCACGAAGGGUGCCUUCGCGACCACCGGCAGGCACGACUCCCCGCACGAUCGAUCGAGCCACCCCGGCUCGACAGGUGCAGUAUGCCGUGCACACACCGCGCAGAUGA